AUGUCAAUCCAACGCCUCGUCCGGUUUGUGUCAAAUGAUGAUGGCAAGACUCAUUAUGGUGCCGCCAACGAGUCCCUUAAGACCGCAAGGAUCCUUGAGUCCGGAAGCCCAUUCGCCUCCUCAGCUCAGCUUUCCGACAAGGAGCAUACAAUUCAGAAGCUUCUAUGCCCCGUUGAUCUAGAUGAUGCCCGAUCUGUUGUUUGCAUUGGUCUCAACUACACGGAUCACGCAGAAGAGGCUCAAAUGCCUAUUCCCAAAGUGCCUGUCGUCUUUUUCAAGCCCGUAACAGCACUUACUGGUCCCCACGACGAUCUCGUCCUUCCCCGUACUUCUUGGGAGAAGGGAAGGUUGGACUACGAAUCGGAAUUGGUUAUUGUGAUUGGCAAGAAGGCCACAAGAGUGUCUAAAGAGAAUGCGCUCGACCACGUUUUUGGCUACACAGCCGGAAAUGAUAUCUCCAACAGAGCAUGGCAGCUAGAGCCCCAACUAGGCGGAGGACAAUGGUGCUACUCAAAGUGUUUCGACUGCUCAGCACCCAUUGGCCCAGCUAUCGUCUCGAAGGAUAUUCUAGGGUCUGCCGUUGGCCUUGGAAUUCGUGGCACACUCAACGACACACAGCUACAAGAUGGUAACACGAACAACAUGAUUUUUGGAGUUGCUGAAAUCGUGUCCUUCUUGAGUCAAGGCAUGACUCUUCUGCCUGGGACUUUCAUCUUCACUGGAACUCCAGCUGGUGUUGGCUUUGGCAAGAAGCCCCAGAUUAGCAUGAAAGAAGGUGAUAUCACAAAGGUAGAGAUUGAUGGUAUUGGGACCAUUGCCAAUAAGGUCGUAUACGAGCAGUAG